AUGGUGCAGAAAAUGAGCCACACAGAGAGCACCGCCGAGGCGCUGUCCUUCUUCGCCGGGGAUUCGAGCUCCGACUCCGGGGCGUGCAUGGACCUGGACCCGGCCGCAUCGCCUCUCUCCCCGGGCUCCACGGCUUCCUCCACGUCCGGGGACAAACUAGGAGACAACCCGGCAUGGUGUAAAACUCCAAGCGGCCACAUCAAGAGACCCAUGAAUGCGUUCAUGGUGUGGUCCCAGAUCGAGAGGAGGAAGAUCAUGGAGCAGUCUCCGGACAUGCACAACGCUGAGAUCUCCAAGAGGCUGGGGAAGCGGUGGAAGCUGCUCAGAGACAGCGACAAGAUCCCCUUCAUCAGAGAGGCGGAGCGGCUCCGACUCAAGCACAUGGCGGACUACCCCGACUACAAGUACCGGCCGAGGAAGAAGGUAAAAUCAAGCGCCUCCAAGCCCGGCAGCAGCGGAGACAAGGCAGAGAAACUCAACAGUAGCUCCAACAACACCAGCACUAAGUCAUCCUCAUCUUCGAGGAAGAGUGGAUCCAAAUCACCCAGCAGCAGCAGACCCCACAAAUCACUUUUCGGGAGCAGCAGCAGUAGCACCAAAGCAUCACCGUUUGCCUCUGAGCACCAGUCAGAGCACCACCACAACUCUCUCUACAAGUCCAAAUCCGUCUCCUCAGCAGCCAAACAGAUACCGGAAGGCAAGAAGCCCAAGCGGGUCUACGUGUUCGGGAGCAGCGGGGCCAGCUUGAGCGUCAGCCCCGCGUCCUCAGUCGUGGUCCCCGCCAGCCCAACACUCAGCAGCUCGGCGGACUCCAGCGACCCGCUCAGCCUCUAUGAAGACGCGGCCAGCGGCAGGGAGGAGGGGGCCGCCUCCCCCGGCAGCAACGGCAGCCUGGGCGGGUCUUCGGACCGACACGGCGGGCACACAUACAGCAGUCGGCGGGCUUCCUCCCCGACUCCCUCCGGUUCCCACUCCUCUGCCUCGUCCCACUCCUCCUCUUCUUCAGAGGAUGAAGAGUUCGAGGACGACUUGCUCGACAUUAACCCGAGCCCUAACUUUGACAGCAUGUCGCUCGGGAGCUUUGGCUCCUCUGUGCUAGACAGAGACUUGGAUUUAAACUUUGAGUCCGGGUCCGGGGGCUCACAUUUCGAGUUCCCCGACUACUGCACGCCCGAAGUCAGCGAGAUGAUCUCCGGGGACUGGCUGGAGUCCACCAUCUCCAACUUGGUGUUCACGUACUGA